UACGUAAUAUGUCGGCGCCACCAGUAGCUCUUGCGUCGCGGAUUAGUGACGUGUAGCCAGGGGGUCUGACGGCAGCAUCAAUAACCCGGAUUGGAGUGAGGCCUCGGAGAGGAGUAGGCCCAUCCUCGGGCUCCAGACAUGAACGUUCAGGAGCAGGAUGACCCGUACCUGGUGGAGGAGCCGAGUGACCAGGAGGAUCUGAGUUCCAGUUCUGAAGAUGAGUUGGACAUCCUUCUCCAUGGUACGCCUGAACGUAAACGUAAACUGAUCAAGGAGUACUUAACAGGAGAGAGUGAGUCCAGCGAUGAUGAAUUUGAAAAAGAGAUGGCAGCAGAACUGGAUUCCACCAUGAAAAUUAUUGAGAAGAGCUGGGAAUUAUCGGCUGAAGGUGCUUCCUCAAGCAUCGGAAGUUGUUGCUCCAGAGCUGUUCCUGGACCACAGUACUAUGAUGAAGUCUACUUCGACUCAGACUCUGAGGCUGAAGAUGAUCAAAAAGAAUGUGAUUCAAAGAAGAAACACAAGAGGCGGAAGGUUCUGACAAAUGAUGAGCUGUUGUAUGAUCCAGAUCAAGAUGACCGUGAUCAGGCCUGGGUUGACAGGCAGAGGAGAGGGUAUCGUGGGCUUUAUAACCAGUCAAACCAGUCCAAAGUAAUGCCAGUUCCAACCAGUGAUGCUGUUCUAAACUGCCCAUCGUGUAUGACAACUCUGUGCUUGGACUGUCAGCGGCAUGAAUUGUACAAAGAGCAAUAUAGGGCUAUGUUUGUGAUGAAUUGUAUUAUUAACAGAGGAGAAGUUCUCAAAUACAAGGAGGCAAGAAACCGCAAACGAAGGAACAAAUACAAAAAAGUAAAAGGCCCAACGGCAGAGAUCUUGCCUGGCUCACCACAGAACAGUGAGGAAGAAAUGUAUCAUCCAGUGCGCUGUGCAGAGUGCUCAGUGGAAGUGGCAGUGUUUGACAAAGAUGAAGUGUAUCAUUUCUUUAAUGUUCUUGCCAGUCAUUGUUAGAAAAUCAAUCAAAUUUUAAAAACAUUUAAGAACAGCUGAGUCUACUUUUUAUAAAGUGAACAUAGCAAAAGGUGGUUCAGGUAAUCCUGUUAGGGGAUCAAAUGCUGCUGUUGGUUAUCUACUGACCGUAUUAAUUAUCAUAGAUAACAGAAAUCCCAUUUGUGACUGCUGCCACUUGGCCAACCUGACAUCGAAAGCACAUUGAAUAAGAUAUUCCAACUCUCUUCCCUUCUUGUAAUCUAAUAUUAAUUUUGAGUGAUUAUUGUGCUGCUUGGAUUCUGUUUAAAUAAUUCAGAAUUUGCCCAUUACAUUUAAAAGUAACCCAUUUCAUAGUUUAAAAGAAACUUCAUUGAAAGUUUUAAUAGUGUUUUGAAUGCCAGCUGUUUGUAGUAAUAACAUAUUUAGCCGAAGACAGGUGUGGUCAUCUGCUUUGCACAAAGCCCUGUGGACCUGUCUUUUGUAACACUUCUCUACCCACUGUAAAGCUAGUUAAAACUAAUCAACUAACAUAGACCUAUAAUUAGGCAUUUCUGACCAAAGCAAACAGAUGGGAUUCUAUUGUAAUUUGAACCUACACAUAUUUGACAAUUAGGUCUUUUAAGGCCUCUGAUGUAACCAUGUUCUCUCCAUAUGUAAUUCUGGCCUCCGUCUACUGCCUAGGUUAAAUUUUAGAAUUUUGUCCACAUCACUCCCCUUUUGUUUGAAUCAUGAGGAGCAUGACAAGGAGAUUAGACUUGAAUAGGAAUCCAACUGGUGACAAGAUUUUGCCCAGAUUCAAAUUGAUUUCAUGUUGAAUAUUUAAUGAAUUUGGAUUUUAAAAAUGUCAUGGUAAGAGUAAGCAUUAAAAGAACAGUUUGUCAUUGGAAA